AUGGAUCAAAACACUUCUAUAUCUAUUAGUAAUAAAAAAUUUCAAAUAUAUGCCGAUCAUGAUCAUGGUGAUAAUAAUCAUUUAAUAAAAUCUCAUUUCCUAAAUCAACAUUAUUCAUUUCGUUUAACAUCAUUAAUUUUUCCUAUUCUAUUAAGUUUACUUCUUAUUAUUGGUGCUCUAAUUUUAAUUCUUAGUAUUACUCGAUUACAUACAUGUCAUCAACAACAAUUAGAACAAACUGAAGCAAUUUUAGGAUAUAAAUCUGAUAGUCAUACAAAAACUUGGUUACCAUGUGUUAAAACCAAUAUAUCAUCAUGUGUAUGUCCAGCAACAUUUAUUCAUUCAUUAUCAAAUCCAUUUCAUUGUAUUCCAAAUUAUUCACGCUGUCUUAAGUCAUGUCAACAUAAUUUACAUUGUAAGUGUUAUAAUUUAAUUGAUCCAAAUCAUUGUCGUAUUGUAACACGUAAUUGGAUUGAAAAUGAAUUAAAAGCUAAACCUAUUGAACGUUUUCAUAAUCGGAUAAAAAAUAAUUUAUUACAAUAUACAUGGAUGGAUAAUUUUAAUUAUCAACUUGAACGUUUACUUAGUGAUAAACAAUCAAAUGAGUAUUUAUUUUUAAGUCCCGAUAGACGAACUGGUAUUACUAUACAUGAACAACAUCAUGAUUAUAUAUUAAAUGAACGUUGGACAAAAAUUGAAAUAAAUACAACACGACAACAUGUUGUUUAUACACAAUUAGAUCCACAAACACAUUUAUGUCGUAUGUCAUCUUUAUAUGAUAAUGGUUCAAUAAUACAGGGUCCAAUUCAUACAUGUCCAAGUUCAUCAAUAGUUCCACCAUAUUUUCUUGGUGUUGCUUGUAAUGAUAUUCUUGUUUUAUGGCAAGAUUCUUCAAAAAUUUCAAUUCAAAGACAAGAAGGUUGGACAAAUGUGCGACAUAAUUUUCAAUCAAUUAAACCAUAUUUACCUGUUUUAUUUGAUCCAUUUCAUCGUUAUUAUUCAUUAUAUGCUAAUUCAAUGAUUGAAAUUAAAGAUUUAAAUGGUGAUAUACUUGCACAAUUUUUUACAGAUAUUAUACAACCUAUAAAAUUUGAAUUUCUUGAUCAACAUGGUACAAUUUGGAUAGCUAAUGAGACACAUAUGCAAACAUUUCAUUCAACUAAUGAUCAAAUAUGGCUUGAUUUUUAA